GAUUGAAAAAGUUGUUCUUUGAUUAUUUUUGAACAAUUUUUUAAUUUUCUGAAAUAGGAUUAUAAAAUAAAAAAGUGUUCGACUAACAUUCCAUUAAAAAUUUGUUAAACAUAAUUUCAUUGUUAAAAAUUAUAUCGAAUGUAAGGCUUCACUCAAAAUAACAGAAAAUAAAACCGAAUAGAAGUAAAGGCAUAAAGUAAAAGUUUAAAUAUAGAAUUAAAAUUUUACCAAAUGAUCCGUGGACCUAUUUGAAAAAAUGCCUAUAAGAAAAUAUCGUCGUGAAACUAGUGAAAUUAGUUGUUGUUUGAAAUACGUUAUUUUUGGAUUUAACGUUGUUUUUUGGGUGAGUGGAUUAAUUGUUUUAGCAAUUGGAAUAUGGGCAUGGACAGAAAAGGAUAUUAAUAUAACCAAAUUGAACUUUUUAUUGUUGGAUCCAGCGUUUAUUUUAAUUUGUUGUGGAACAAUAACUUUUCUAAUAGGAUUUACAGGAAGUGUUGGUGCUUUACGAGAAAAUACUUGUUUAUUGGGAGCGUAUGCUAUAUUUCUUUCGGUGUUGCUUAUUUUAGAAAUUAGCCUAGGGACCCUUGCUUUUAUAUUAAAAGACAAAGGAUGGAUAAAAGACCAGGCAACGGAAGGACUACGAGCUUUUAUAAUUCAUUAUCGAGAAGAUCCUGAUCAACAAAAUCUUAUUGAUUGGAUCCAAGAAGACUGGCUUCAAUGUUGUGGUAUUGAAGGACCAAAAGACUGGGACAGUAACAAUUAUUUUAAUUGCUCUUCGAUAGCUAUUGGUAGCCGGGAAGCUUGUGGUGUUCCAUUUUCAUGUUGUAAACGUCGUCCACAUGAAUUAAUAAAGAAUAAGCAAUGCGGCUAUGAUGUUAGAAAAGAAGGAUAUCCAGCCGAUCGAAGCAUUUAUGAACGAGGCUGCUUAAGAGCGGGUGAAGAUUGGCUAGAAGGUCAUAUAUUCCCAGUAGCUGGUGCCUGUGUUGCCGUAAUGAUAAUACAGAACAAUGAUGUAUCAAAAAUUAUUUAUGAAACUGGUUGCGUUCAAGCUGGAGAAGAUUGGAUAGAAAGAAAUUUAAUAAUUAUUAUGUCAGUUUCAGUGUUUUUAGUUUUUGCCCAGAUAUUGGGUAUUUGCUUUGCUCAAAAUUUAAGAGCAGAUAUUUACGCUCAAAAAUCUAAAUGGCACUGACACUUAACUGCCCCUGUCGCUGUAUAAGUUUUUAAAUAAUAAAUAAAUGAAUUUCAUUGUACCAAUGAAUCUCUGUUUUAUACCUAUUUUUUUACCAAGUUUCUUAUAUUUUAAAACUAUGUUAUUAUACGAAAAUAUGUUAACAUGAAUUUAAAACUCAUCUUGUACUUACAUACAUAUUAUAUAUAUAAUAAUUUUACUAAUUAAAAAAAAAUAGAAUAAGAUAAGAAUAAUAUGUACAAUUCUAAUAAGAAGUUAAAAAAAACUUAUUAUAAUUUUAUACUCACACAAUAUUUUUUUAAUGAACAUAUCAUAGCUUUAAUAAUACAAAUUAUUUGAAAACUAUUAUUUUAGAAAAAUAAAUUUUAUAUAAAGUUA